UAGUUACUUUUCAGCAACACAACAUUGCACAUGUUAGUAUUAUAAGUAGAUGUAUUGCGAUUUUUCAGGGGAUGCAUAACUUGAAGAGUUUGGCAAUGAUUCCAUUUUAUGCAUUUGUUUUCCUCUCAACAGCUUCAGGUGGCACAUCGAUGACUGACUCUCAGUGUCUAAAUGGACUGAAGUACCUUCAAUGGGGAGAAAAUAUUCAUCUGAAUUGUUUUUUUUCAUCUGCUGACACCGGAAUGAUUGCAUGGUUCAAACAGACUCCAGGAGAAAAGCCUCUUCUCAUUGUUUCUGCUUUUGGCAAUUUACAAAUUAAAUAUCACAAUGAUUUUGACAAGAGUGGCCGCUUUAAUUCAGCAAGAACAAAAGACACUUUUAAUCUGAGUAUCUCAAAUGCAGAACCAUCUGAUUCAGCUACAUAUUACUGUGCAUUUGCAUAUUAUACAGAAGCUACAUUAUUGGACUGCACAGUUUUAGUCCUCAAAGGUUCAUCUUCAAGUCUCUCUGCUGUUCUCCAGCCUCCUGAAUCAGACACUGUUGAACUGGGAGGAGAUACAACUUUGCAGUGUUCAAUACUCACAGAUGCGUCUGCAGGAGAUCACAGUGUGUACUGGUUCAGACAUGGAUCAGGAGAAUCCCAUCCAGGAAUCAUUUACACUCAUGGAAACAGGAGUGAUGAGUGUAAGAAAAGCUCUGAGACUGAUUCUCCUACACAGAGCUGCGUCUACAAACUCCCCAAGAGAAACCUCAGCCUCUCUGAUGCUGGAACUUACUACUGUGCUGUGCUCAUGUGCGGAGAGAUCAUCAUUGGGAAUGGAACUAAACUGGACUUUGCAGAGAAAGAUGUUAUGGACCCAACCCUCAUUGGUUUAGCAGCGUCAAACAUCAUAUCCAUGGUUGUGAUUUUAUUUUUAUGCAGAAAAUUAUACAGCAGUCAUCAUAAAGAUGCUGCUGAAGGUCACACUGUCCAAGCAAACCAGGCUGAAGACACUGAUGUCUUGAACUAUGCAGCUCUAAGCUUUGCUCAGUCGUCCUCCUCAAGAAGAAGCAGAGCAAAGAACAGCAGUGAUCAGCCUGUGUACACACAGAGCAAUUUCAAAGGAAUAAUCCUGAAAUGAAGGCUAGCAGAUGGUAGCAGAGAACUGCAGGUAGAGUUUAC